ACAAGCUGUUGAUAACGGUACACGCCUUGGUACGCGGCGCACGAAUUAUACGUUAGUCUCUUUAGCCGAAUAUGCACAGCACAGGCAUAGAUAAUUCAUUCUAACUAAACGGUAAAAACGCAUUGUAUUUUUGACCUGACAUGAAAGAAUGUUGUUCACAGUCAUCAGAGUUUUAUAACUGACCGCAUAGUGAAAAGUGUUCUCGAGACUUUUAGGGUCUGAUUUUUAAAAAAGGAAAGAGAUAAUUGCUAAUUAUAGGAUUCAUAUUUCGUGAAAUUUGCUGAAAAUGUGGCCCUUCAGUCGUUCCUGUCAAAGUAAGGCCCGUCUUGCGGGUAAAACUGUGGUCAUAACUGGAGCAAACACUGGAAUUGGAAAAGAAACUGCAAGGGACCUUUAUAGAAGAGGUGCCAGAGUGAUUUUAGCAUGCCGAGACAUCGCCAAAGCGAAUGCAGCAGCGGAGGAAGUAAAAUCAGCACUUCCAUCAAAACCAAAUCGAGAACAAUUCAAAGGGGAACCAGGAGAAGUAGCAGUUUGCAAAUUAAAUUUAAGUAAUUUAGCAAGUGUGAGAGAAUGUGCAAACAAGUUAAUUGAUAGUGAACCAAACAUUCACAUUUUGAUUAAUAAUGCUGGAGUAAUGAUGUGUCCUUAUGGGAAAACUGAUGAUGGUUACGAAAUGCAAUUCCAAACCAAUCAUUUGGGACAUUUUUUGUUGACCCUUUUACUCUUGCCAAAAAUAAAAAAUUCAGCUCCUGGCUGCAGAAUUAUUAACGUUUCAUCCACGGCACACAUAUUAGGUCAAAUGCAUUGGGAGGAUUUGAAUUCCGAAAAAUCAUAUAAUUCGGUUAAGGCUUAUGGCCAGAGUAAAUUGGCCAAUGUACUUUUUACUAAAGAGUUAUCCAGGCGACUAAAAGAGGCUAAUAUUGAAGGGAUAAAUGUAUACUCCUUGCAUCCGGGUGUCGUGUCAACUGAAUUAGGAAGACAUUUAGAUUCAUCUCUUUUCCGCGGUGCUCGAACUAUAUUUUCUGUUAUUAUCGGCACAUUUAUCAAAAAUCCGGAGCAAGGAGCUCAAACAAGCAUUCAUUGUGCAGUCGAUGAAAAGGCAGGAAAAGAAACAGGAUUAUACUACAAGGAAUGUGCUGUGACCACUCCAGCUUCAAAAGCGCGAAAUGAAAAAGAUGCUAUAAAAUUAUGGGAAGAAAGCGCCAAAUUGGUAAAUUUAACAGCUCAGGAAAAUCCUUUCCCUGAACGACAUUAAACAAAAGAAAAAAGUAAAAAAAAAAAGAAUAUAACUGAAAUUUGAGAUUGAAACCGCAAAUUUAAUUAUCAUGGGGCGUUUGAAUUUUCAAAAAGUUUUAGAUUGCCCUCUGAUUUGUCCUGUAAUAUAGUUUUAUAAUUGAAUUUUUUUACUCAUCUCAUAUUUAUGUUUUAAAUCAUAAAUUUAUAUUGUAUAGCUUACGGAAUAUAACAUCAUGGGAUGAAAACUAUAAUUAUUUGAAAUUUAAACGAAAUUUUGGUGGCGUAAAUGUUUAAUAAAUGUUACGUAAUUGUACACCUAUAUCACAAUUAAGUAUUUAGGAGACCUCUUUUCACAUAGCUAUAGCGCACGUCCAUAGCGAGUGUAGUUUAAUUCCAAGUGGUUUAUUUAUUGUUAAUUUCAUGACGAUGAAAAGUACAAAUAUUUAAAGAAAAUUUUCAUAAGGUGUAUUCUCAUAAUUUGCAAUAUAUAUUUAGCCCCCUUUCAACCAAGAAAACCUGCAACUUACGAUUGGACAUUUAAGAAGACCUUCAAGUGAAGACUGCAUACUCGGGAUAUUCUCAUUAAAGAAUCGACGAGGGUAUCGUUAAAUUCAAUGUAAAGAAUUUGAAAUUUUUGUAUUAUAUAUAUU